GUGAACAUGGAGGGGACUGUUUAUUCUGUGUCUGCUGAAAACUGCCCUGGGUCAAAGCAGAACAACCUCAUUAGCUCUGGGAACAGUUGUUCCUGCAUCUUCAGGCAAGGAGGCCUUGAUGUGUCAGCUCUAUCCUGGAGGCACAUCCCAAAAAGCUGCAGGGAGAGGGCAGGGGCAAAAGGCACUUACUGAAAAUGGAGACCUCUAUCAGUGAGGGGAGAUAGCUGAAACCAAUCGCUUGGACUUAAAUAAUGAACUGACCUGUUUAUUCUGUCUUAUACUCUGGAGCAUUGAUUGUUAUCAAACAGCGAGCAUCAUCAUGACAACAGAGAAGAGUCUAGCGGCGGACGCCGACAAUUCGGAGCAACAGCAAGCCAAAGAGGAGGAAGGAGCUGCUGAAAUACAAAAGCAAGAGGCUUCCCUAGAGGAAGGCGCUCAGCAGACAUCGGAGGGACAGCCUGCAGCGGGGCAGAAGCAGAAGACCUCCAACGGCGAUACGCCCACGCACGAGGAGCAGAGCAAGAAGGAGCGCCGCACCUCCGAGGGCCGGGGUCUCUCCCGCCUGUUCUCAUCCUUUCUCAGGAGGCCCAAGUCUCAGGUGUCCGAAGAGGACAAAGACACUGACGCUCCUAAAGAGGCGGGAGGUGACCAGAAAGAUCUGGGAUUAGGAGCCAGCCCUGAUGAAGACAUCCUGGUGAAAGCCCCAAUUGCAGCUCCUGAGCCUGAGCUCAAAACCGAUCCAUCGCUCGAUCUCCAUUCCUUAAGCAGUGCGGAAACACAGCCUGCGCAGGAGGAGAGGAGGGACGACCAGGAGCCAGACAGCAGAGACCUCGGGGGCAAGGAAGGAGGGGAAGCCAAGGAAGAGUGUGCCAAGCCAGAGCCGAAACAAGAGACCCCGGAGACCAAAGCAGAGAAGGAUUUGAAAGCUGCCCAGAAAGCAGUAAAAAGACACAGAAACAUGUACUGCAAAGUCGUCUUGCUGGAUGACACCAUUUUUGAGUGUGCCGUGGAUAAACACGCCAAGGGGCAGGAUCUACUUAAAAAAGUCUGCGACCACCUCAAUCUCCUGGAAGAAGACUAUUUUGGUUUGGCCAUAUGGGACACGCCAACCUCCAGGACGUGGCUGGAUCCUGCCAAAGAAAUUAAAAAACAGGUUCACGGAGGCCCCUGGGAUUUUACCUUCAAUGUCAAGUUUUAUCCACCGGAUCCCGCGCAGCUGACGGAGGAUAUAACCAGGUAUUACUUGUGUCUUCAACUUAGACAAGACAUCAUGACGGGGCGGCUGCCCUGUUCCUUUGCGACUUUGGCUCUGCUGGGUUCGUACACGGUCCAGUCCGAGUUGGGAGACUACGAUCCUGAUCUGCACAGCCCGGAUUAUAUCACCGAAUUUAAAUUGGCCCCGAACCAGACAAAAGAACUGGAAGAGAAGGUUGUGGAGCUUCAUAAAACGUACAGAUCCAUGACUCCAGCCCAAGCAGACCUGGAAUUUCUUGAGAAUGCAAAAAAGCUGUCUAUGUAUGGAGUUGACCUUCACCAAGCUAAGGACUUGGAGGGAGUGGAUAUCACUCUGGGAGUCUGUUCCAGUGGCCUUCUUGUUUACAAAGAUAAACUGAGAAUCAACCGCUUCCCUUGGCCCAAAGUCCUGAAGAUUUCCUACAAACGCAGCAGCUUCUUUAUUAAGAUUCGGCCCGGGGAGCAAGAGCAGUAUGAAAGUACAAUUGGAUUCAAGCUCCCAAGUUAUCGGGCAGCGAAGAAGCUGUGGAAAGUAUGUGUUGAACAUCACACGUUUUUCAGGCUGACUUCCACCGAGGCCAUCCCGAAGAGCAGGUUCCUGGCACUGGGCUCCAAGUUCCGCUACAGUGGCCGGACGCAGGCACAGACGAGGCAGGCAAGUGCCUUGAUUGACCGACCCGCUCCACAGUUCGAGCGGACGGCAAGUAAGCGAGCCUCCAGGAGCCUCGAUGGAGCUAAACGUGCGACUCAAAAAGUUGAGUUCAGAGCCGUAGAGGAAGAGAAGCAGGAGGAGGUGGUGGUGGUUGAGGUUCCUGAACCAAAACCCGCGGAUCAGGUCCGAGAGAAGCCAGCUAAACACGCUCUUGAAACUUUUGAAAUGAAACCCAUUGCAGAGGAGGAAGAGGAGGAGGAGAAGGUAGAGGUGGUUAAGGUUCCCGUUGCUGAGCCAAAGUUACCGGAGCCGUUGCGGACGCGGUCAGCAGUGGCCGUGAUAACCCCUGAGAGGAGUCCCCGUCCCACCUCUGCCCCAGCCAUCGCUCAGAGCCACGCUGCAGAACCACUCCCAGCUAAGCCCGACGUGAAGGACACAUUCGCUGCCUCUAAAGUAGAAAAAGAAGCGGCGAAACCCGAUGUGAGACGUGAAGAAAUCCCACUGGAGAAAGCCAAGCCGGAGCCAGCCGAUGCAUCAAAGGUGAGGAAAACGCACAUUGAGGUCACGGUACCCACCACGAAUGGUGACCAGCCCCAGCAGCAGCCUGCAGAAAAAGAGGAAGAGCUGAUAAGAAUGAGGAAGAAAAGAUCAAAGAGGCUAGAUGGUGAAAACAUUUAUAUCAGGCAUAGCAAUUUAAUGUUGGAGGAUCUAGAUAAGACCCAAGAAGAAAUAAAGAAGCAUCACGCCAACAUCAGUGAAUUGAAGAAGAAUUUUAUGGAGUCCGUCCCGGAGCCUCGGCCGAGUGAAUGGGACAAACGCUUGUCCACUCACUCCCCUUUCCGGACCCUCAAUGUCAACGGGCAGAUUCCCACGGGAGCGGAUGGAAAAAUGAGUGACUUUCUCUCCCGAGAGGAUGUGGCUGCAGUGCCAGAGAGGAGCAAUGUUAACACUGGCUUUGCGUGGGAGGGCUCAAAGCAGUCGGUAGCGUUUAGUGAGACCCCAGAGCCUUCUCCCAGCCGUGACCUUGCUGCUUCCUCCCUAAGCAGCGAGGAGGAGGAGGAGGAGGCAGCUCCCAGUCUCCCCGCCAGCAAGGAGGACCUGAGAUGUGGAAAGGGGGUUUGUGCGGAUGCGGAGAAGGACUCGGAGCUCUCUGAGCUGGAGCCCCCCGCCAGCCCUGCCGCACCUCCCCGGCAGCCCCGGGGAGGAGAGGAGGAGGCGGCAGAGGAUGGCAAAGACAGAUUUGCCUUUAGAAAGCUAAAUGGCGAGUGUCACGACUCAGAUGUUAAUAAUGGGCUGCCGGCGGUCAUUCGCUGCUUCCAGCCGCCGCUAGUGAAGACACAGACAGUCACCAUCUCCGACGUGUCCAGCGCCGUCAAAAGUGAAAUUCCCACGAAGGAAGUCCCCAUCGUCCACACGGAGACGAAGACUAUCACCUACGAAGCUGCACAGACAGAUGGUGGCAAUGGAGAUUUAGACCCUGGCAUCCUGCUGACUGCUCAGACCAUCACUUCGGAAACCACCAGCAGCACCACCACCACGCAGAUCACGAAGACUGUAAAAGGUGGCAUUUCAGAGACACGGAUUGAAAAGAGGAUCGUCAUCACAGGAGAUGCAGAUGUAGACCAUGACCAGGUUCUAGCGCAGGCGAUAAAAGCAGCGAAGGAGCAGCACCCGGACAUGUCGGUGACCAAAGUGGUUGUGCACCAGGAGACCGAGAUCGCAGAGGAGUAGCGAGGCUGUGAAGCGUUCCUGCCAGACACAACGCCAGGAAAAAGAGACCCAGCAAAACUACCAAGAAACUACCUGGAGCACAAAGACCUCGGAUUUACAUGACUUGACACUCAGAGACAUUCGUAUCAUUUAUUAGGAGUUGCGCUUUGACAUUUUACUUGGGAUUUUCCAGACUCCACUGGAUCCUAUUGGAUAUAGAUUUUUUUUUUUUAUAUAUAUAUAUUGUGACAAAAGUAUGCCAUAUUUCUAACUGUACUGAAUUAUUUUUUACAGGUUUUCAAUUUUGCAUUCCCUCUCACGCAUAGCCUCUUCAGAUACAGACCCAGACACACCUUGCAGGGCUCAAAGGGUCGCUUUUUUAAGUCCUAUUCCCUCCGCCUCGUCGGGGAUAACGGAGAUAAGCCGCAUCCGUUCAUAUUCCAAGCGCGGGAUCCGUACGCGCCUUCAAAAAGCCAUGGGUCCUUCUGCCGGGAGAGUCAGUUUAAAAAAAAAAAAAAAGUCAGACUUCAGUUUUGUGCAGCGUUUCCGAUUUGCCUCUUGAUGAUUUUUAAUUUUUUUUUUUAGCUCUAGGGAGCUUGAGACUCCAGCCGCGAUCCCUGGGCGUGCAGAGCAGAGCUGCUGCCUUCGCUCCGAGUUUUCCUCCCCGCUGGGUUUCAGGCCCCCGAUGUGUGAACCCAGCAGGGUUUUGUGGUGUAGCCGAUGCACACAUCUUCAUAGUUGAUUAGAUUUAAGGAAUACUGAAAGUUGCUUCGAGUAUCUUAUACUGUGAAUUUUAGAGCUUUAAGAGGACUGUGAUAGCACCUCGCCUUCCUCCUGUGUGUCUCUGCCGAGUGCUACCUACCUGUUUGUGUUUUCUAGACGCCAUUAAAUUAAAAAGCCCUUAGAAGUGUGUGUUUAAGGUGUUUGGACUCUGAAUGCUAUUAAGGUAGGCUUAUGCAGCAUUCACAGUAACUGAUUUUUUUUCAGUGUCAUAGUUUUUCUCUCGUUUGUGUUGAUGAUUUUUACAUUAAGGGGGGCUUUUUUGUAAGUCAGGGGUUGGUUUGGUUGGGUUUUUUCCCCCUCCCCUCGCAGUGCUAAACACAUUACCCAUAUACCAGGGCAAGGUGUUACCUCCUACUAUCAUUUAAUUUAAUUUAAAAGCCUUUAGACAAUCCUUCCUAGGCCUGUCAGCUGUAUCUGGAGAGGCUGAACAAGAAAUCUUUGGAGAUGUCGGACGGUGCUGGCUGUGAUAGAGCCAAACUACGUGGAAAGUGCUGCCACCCCCUCUUCCACGCCGGCUCUCUGCUUCGUUUGGCUUCGUGACCGCCUCGCCGGAAUGAAAUACUGGGAUUAGUGUCUGCAUCUUUAGGCUGAGCUUACAGACCGCUGGGGCCAUCUCCAGCCUGGUGGGGAUGAGCAGAAAACAUCUUUUCUGGGGCUGGAUGCAUUUCCCUCCAUGGCACCGGGGGCUGAGCUCCCGUUGCUGCUUUCGGAGCUUCGUGGAAAUGUUCUAAUCGUGCCCUAGUUUCUCCUUCCAGCAUUUAAAUUUAAAAAGAAAAAAAAAAAACCCAAACCCCAAGCUUUGUAAAGAGUCUGCCCAGACACUUGUGAACACUUUAGUACACUUUGAGGUUGUGAUUUUUUUUUUUUUUUUUUUAAUAUAUAUAUAGUGUGGCACAUUGGUAGCUGAGGGCAGGGAGUGCUCUGCUGCUGCUCCUCAGUUGAGGAUGGGAAGAAAGUGGCAAUAAAAAAAAAAAAAGCUCUCUGCUAUUUUAAAUUUGAAUAAUGUGUUUCAGAAGUCACUGGAUUUAGCUCAGGCUGCAGCGCCUCGCUGUUUAGCUGCAAACAGCCUUUGAACUACACCGGGGCCAGUGUAGCUUCUCAGAUUCAGGUGCAAUUUUAAUUAAGCUCUCAAUAUUGAUUGGAGAAAAUGCUGGAGCUGCUGGAUUUUUGCUUUUUUUUUUUUUUUUUUUUUUUUUUUGAGCCUUGCUGGCCCCGGGUCCUUCUCAGCCUCCAGCCCUUGCCAUGCUGGUAGCCGCUUCCCCGGGUGCGCGGUGCCCUCCCGUGAUGCUCUGCCUUCCACCGGGCAUCUCGCUUGGGGGGUUUAUGGAGUCCUGGGCUCCGCAGCUGUAGCGUAGAGAUUAAAUCUUCCUAUUUAUGUCCAAACAGCCCUUUCCUUCCUUAUUCUGCAACACGGAUCCUUUAACAGGUCUGUGUCCCUCCUGCCCUCAACUUACUUGGGUAAUGCUUGCCUUAAACGCCCAUCACGCCCAUCGUCACCUGAGCAUCCCUCUGGCCAUGUCCCUUUUCUGGGAAUUCAGGUUUUUUACCGCUCGGUCCUUCCUUCUCACCCUGGAGCAGCUACCUGAGGAGUAAAGGGGCACGCGGAGUAGUCGUUAGGAGGAGUUCUGAGCUGUACCAGACAAAGCCAGCGUGAUAAAUUCAGUUUGUCCGUAGCACUUAAAGGCGCUUUGGCUGUCACGAGAAUUUAAGGGGAACGUGGUGCGAGGCCGAAGCUUGGCCCUUGGGUGUUCAGGUGGGGGGUCCUGUGCCCUGAGCACCGUGAGCAGGACAAAACACCCUGAGCAGGGAAAUUCCAGGGUGACAAACGUGCUGGCACGAGAGGUGGUUCCCUUCCCGAAGGAUGUGCUCACCGUGGCUGCGUACGUCCCUUUUUCGGGGCCCGUAGGCUAGAAUAACCCUAACUUUAUUUUUUUUUCCUGGAUUUUGGGUGCCUGUUUCCAGGUUGUUCAUUCUCACACUUCCCCCCCCAUACACACACUUUUAAAUUCUUGCUUCUUGAGUACUUUAAACAAAUUAUCGCCUCGUCUGACCUUUGCCAUCACCCUGCUGUCUGACCCCUGGGGGGAUUUCCAGCCCUGCCUACGGCGCCCGAGCCCCGGAGCUGGACAGGAGCAGCGGCAGCUUGGGAAGAAGAAGAAAGUUAAGAGCAGAAGAAGCUUCUUCCAUCCUCAGCCGGGGCUGCCCGCACCCCGUCCACCUCCGACGGGUUUUUAAAAUCCUUGACUCUUAGCGUGCCGUGUUAUUUCUAGGGACAAACCAGCUAAGUAAGGUCUAUUUAUAUGAAUGUUCCCAGCUCUUCCCACUCCACAAAUUCACCCAGAGACUGUCUUGAUUGUAUAAUAUACAUUAUAUGGAAGCUAUUUAUAUAUGAAUGAAUGUUUUUAUAGAAAGGAAGGCAAGGAGCUCGUGUUCUCCUCCAUUAAACUGGAACGGCAGCUCCGGUUGCCAAAUAGCGAUCUCUGACCAACGCAGAUGGGUUAGCAAAGGACUGACUGAUUUCUGAUUUUAAUAAACUGUGGUUUCCUGAUUUUCCUAAUUGUACGAUGACCUUAAGAGGUGGUAGCGUCCCAGCCUUAGAGUUGAAACUUGUAAAAAAAAAAAAAAAAAAAAAAUUAAAAAUAAUAUAGUUGAGAAUAUGAAGGAGCUUUGUAAAAUUUUUUAAGGCAAUUGUGAAUUGUCUAGGCUAGCAGUUUACACUCUUCUUUAUAAAAAUAGGAACUUGGAAAAUUGGCAAAUCUUUAUAGAUUGACUAGUGAUGGGAGCUGUUAUUUUGGACUUUCAUAGUAAAUCAAAGGGAAAGUUGCCGUAGCAUUUAAACAGGUGUAAGUGUUCAGUAUCGCUUCUUGUAUUGCAUUUUUCCAAUAAAUUUUCAAACAAAACUCUC